UGAAUGUGGCUUAUUUCAGUGCGAAAGCGAUUUCCGAGGAUUGCUUUUCUGGCGUUUGGAGAAGAUGCCUAAAUUGAGGGCGGGGUCGAGAGAUGUUUAAUCCCACAAGGCCACGCAGCGGGGCCUCGUCGUUCUCUUCCCGCCAUCUUGGUUCCUGUGGAGGCCUGCUGGGAACGGGACUUCUAAAAGAACUAUGUCUGGAAGGCUGUGGUCCAAGGCCAUUUUUGCCGGCUAUAAGCGGGGUCUCCGGAACCAAAGGGAGCACACAGCUCUUCUUAAAAUUGAAGGUGUUUAUGCCCGAGAUGAAACAGAAUUCUAUUUGGGCAAGAGAUGCGCUUAUGUAUACAAAGCAAAGAACAACACAGUGACUCCAGGCGGCAAACCAAAUAAAACCAGAGUCAUCUGGGGAAAGGUAACUCGGGCCCAUGGAAACAGUGGCAUGGUUCGUGCCAAAUUCCGAAGCAAUCUUCCUGCUAAGGCCAUUGGACACAGAAUCCGAGUGAUGCUGUACCCCUCAAGGAUUUAAACUAACGAAAAAUCAAUAAAUAAACGUGGAUUUGUGUUCUUAUAUUUUUGUUAAGUGGAUUAAAGAAUUUAUUACCUUAAA